AUGGUGCAUCAAUUGAGUUUAUUUGACUCUGUUGACGAUGAUUCUUAUGAUUUACUAAUAUCUACGUUGACUAUUCUGUCUGGAAAUUCUCCAGUACUAUUUAGUAACCUAACACAGGCAUGGAAACCAAAUGAGGCCUACGAUAUCGAUCGAGUCAAUUCUAAAAAUCAACUGGUUCAACUGAAUAGAGCCAAACUGAGUAAAGAGAUACCGCUCAAAUCAUUCCGCCGUUCUGAUGGUUCAGAGACUUUCUCGCAUACGCUGCUCAAGGACUUGGCAAAUAUGGAUCUACCGCUUGAGCCCAAUAUCCUAGAUGCCUUCUUUAACGAUACAAUGUCAUCAGGAUCCAAUGACUCUAACACUGCAUGGGCCCUAAAGAUGUCUGAUAUACCAGCAGCUGGGAGUAGCCGAAAAGUUUCAGCUCAAACGAUAUCUGAAUCAGUUAUACUAUCUACUGCCGGCGAAAAUUCUUCAUUGGCUUCUUUCUUGAGAGAAUUGGGUUAUAUCGAAUCUUAUCAAUACAUCACCGUUGGUGUCAAAUUCCUUAUGAAGAACGAUUUGGUUAUUACCGUUGAAAAGAUUUGGGAUAUUGGAAGGAAACGACAGAUAACGAAUGGUGGAUUUCUAGUCAAGGCAUUCGUAAAUGUUACUAGAGGAACAGAUAUCGAUCGGAUAAAUCAAGCAGAGAGCACUUUGCUGGCGUUCCAAAAGGACAUGCAAGGUUAUAUCGAUCUAACAAUCCCUGAUAGACAAGCUAUGGAUCCGAGAUUAGACUAUGUAAGUGACAAUCUAUGA